UGGCGAAGCUGUGGGCAAAGCGGGAUGAAAAUAUGUACAUUGUUUUACAUACAAGACCAGAGAAGAAGAAAAAAAAAGGCUUGGCUCCAAUAAUUCCGAUUCCAAUUCCACAAAACCAGGCCACGUUCAUCUUGCUUGUUCAUCUUGCUUUCGUAAACAUAUUGAAUAACUAUUGAAAGUUCCCCAACCCCAAACGUCAUCACCACUCACUUGCACAAUAAUAUAAUAUCAUAUUAUUAUAUUAUUUCACUAACUAUUUUGUUUUAUACUUGGGCAGCAGCUGGUACGAGCUUCAGCCAUGGCACCCCUAGAUCCUGCUGUGACCAAGCUGGUCGACCUGAACCAGAAGAGCCUGUACCUUUCUGCCUUUGCGAUUGCUUUUAACCCGCUGUUCUGGAACAUCGUAGCUCGACAAGAAUACCGUAACAAGACACUUACCAAGCUCUUCGGCGGACAUUCGCAAGCUGCCUGCUAUGGGUUAGCUCUCACCAUCUUCUCUCUUGGUCUGGUGCGCGACUUCUUAUACGAGCGUGCCCUGCGUCAUCAACCGUCCUACCCUUUACUCGAGCUGGACGAGGUGAAAUAUCUGGCAUAUGGUCUGCUUGCUGUCGGAAAUAUCCUGGUUAUAUCCUCGACCUGGGCCCUGGGCAUUACGGGCACGUUCUUGGGAGAUUACUUCGGAAUAUUGAUGGAUGACAUCAUCACGGGCUUCCCCUUCAACAUCACGGAUGCACCCAUGUAUAACGGGUCGACCUGCAGCUUCCUCGGCACAGCGCUAUUAUACGGCAAGCCAGCUGGAAUUCUACUGACGGCUUGGGUUUUCGUCGUCUACCAGAUCGCUCUAAAAUACGAAAACCCGUUCACAGCUGGAAUAUAUGCGAAGAGGGAAAGAGAGCGUGCUGCGGCAGGGAAGGGCAGCAAGAAGUCGCAAUGAUUUUGUGACUGGUGCGACUGGUGCGACUGGCUGGGUUAAGCACUCGCACUCGGCAUGCAUAGGCCAUACCGACAUUUACCGAGACUCGCCCGAAACCGGAAACCGGCUACAAGGUGGGCCAACGGAGUGGCUGAAUACCUAAUGAACCGGGAUGGUUCCUAUUAUGCCAAGGUACGUACGAGCGUGGGAAAAUUGGCAUGGCGGUGUAUCGGUGUAUACGGCGACACACAUCUAAAGGCGUUUGCAUGGCGGAUAUGGCGUUGGAGAAGGGAGCACAAGCUAUGUAGAUGGGUUGAGGAGAGGUGGUAUGAAUCAAUUACGAAGAGACUGUAUUAAUUGAAGUUGUUUGCAUAUCUUAAUGUAGAUGCCUCUCCUCUCGGUUAGCUAAUGCCGCGAUAUGGCUUUUGAUAUACGAAUUUACUCAACCACAAGCCUUUUUUCUAUUAGUUUCUUCCAAUCCAAGUAAUGGGAUUCAAUGCCAAGAACCAACCGGCUCUUAUCUAUCUUUUCUUUUCCUUUCCAG